AUGGAAUACAGACGCAGGAAAGGAUUAGAAAAGGACAAUAAUGACGGCAACGAGAAGAGUGGAAAGGACAUAAGGAAGAAAACUACCAAAGGCGAAGUGAAGAAUCGGACAAUCAGCGAACAAAGUGUCAAAUCUUCAAGUGUGACUAGGAAGAAAAUCAAGCUGGAUCAACAGGAAUCCGCCGUAGAUCUUUCCCCAGAUACGGGGGGAUCUACGGAUCGCAUAGUUCGUAGACCACCACGUCGGCCUAACAUCGGUCAUUAUCGUCAAAAUUUAUUGUCAUUUGCGAGAUACGAAAAUAAUUUGAACGUCGUCAACGAACCCAGGCCGAGUACAUCGAGAAAUACAAUGUCGCGAAACGAAUCCCGACAGACGGCGGGGAGGCGAUCAUCAUCAAAGAAUACUACACCCCAAGAUAAAAUUGAUGCUAUUAACAGAGUUCACAAUGGUGAAUCAAAGGCAGCAGUGGCACGUGACAUCGGUGUACCUGAAUCCACCCUUAGAGGGUGGUGCAAGUCUGAGCAAAAAUUACUCUCGCAAUUAAAUAACAUGAGAGCAUCGGGAGCAUCAAUGCCAGGAACAUCCAUGGCUUACGAACAAAUUCUAACUACUUCUAGUUCUGAUAAUAGCAACAAUAGUGCAGUCGGUGGAUCAUCAUCGAGAUCAACACCUACAACUUCGCCAUCGAUAUUGGGAAUGCCAUCGACAUCUUCAGCUACCGAGAGAGUUACUGACGAAUUUGAAGCUGGACCGUCGCAAAAAAGAAUAAAAAUAGAGAACACUUCUGCUUCCUGUAGUACGAUGGUGAGUAACAUGCCAUCAACAUCGGGUCGUCAACCGAUGAUCAACGUCAAUGACGCGACGAACAUAUAUAAUUCGUAUUUAUACCAUGCCAAUUUACCUGAUACGACCAAGUCAAAUGUGGCAGCAGCCAUAUUAUCCACUAUUGCGAAGAGUUCGGAAUAUUAUGCUCUUUCUGGAGUAUACUCGAAUUUUAUUGAAACUCUGGCUAGGACCAAUGGUACGUCAUUAGCGUUGAAUAUGCUACAACAGCAACAGCAACUACAACAACAGCUGCAACAACAAACUAAUAACACAUUAGUUAACGGUAAUAAAAGAAAACAUAAUACCUCAAGUCAUACUCUCUUGUCAACCAUGAACAUCCCGAGCACAUCGAGAACACAAAGUAAUCAGUCACCAAGUAUGGACAGAUCGGCCAGGAGUAUGGCUCAACUGAACUACGACAUAUCUAUGCCGUCAACUAGUCGUGAUUGUCGCAGUCCAGCCGUAAACCUCGUAAAGGUCGCAAACGUCGCAGACUUCACAGUUAACGCAGAGGCCGCAAAUAAUAUAGAAAUGAGAAUCGUCACAAACGACCCAAUCGACGCAAACGAAGUAAUCGUCACAAACGACGGAAUCGUCGCAAACGAUGCAGACGUUGCAGACGACGCAAACAACGCAAACAAUGGAAAUAACGGAAACGGCGCAAACGUCACAAACAUCGCAACCGCUCAACCAAGAACAACAACUAAAACAGGUAGAAGCCUUAAUAGUAUAAUAGACAGUCUUCAUCAUCCAUACAUAUCAUCUUCGGACAGCGAAGGAGUAAUAUUUGAUGUCGUUAAUAACAAUAACAAUGAUGAUGACAUGGAUAGUGAAACCGCAAGAAAAAAUUAUCCUGAUACCUUGCCACCGGGAUGCUCGGAAAUGGUCACAUAUUGUGAUAAAUUAUUACAAUGGUUACAUGAUUACGGUUCGCCCAUAAGUACAAUGAAACAAGUGGGUCAUAUUCAACAAAUAUCGACCCGUUUACGAGACUGGAUUCUUCAAAAAUCCAAGAAGGAACCACACAGACCUAAUGGUGUAAGAUAG